CUGACACACCUUCAACUGGCGCAGAGUGGUCGAGGGACAGUGAGGGUGACGCAGGGAGGGUUUAGGUAAAGUUGAGAGGAACCCGAACCUUACAAAAGAAGCAAGUACACAGAGCAUCGCACCAUCUGCAGGGACCGUUCUGACCCACUGCCACCACAGGGCUCUGUCAGGCCGCUGUCAGGAUGGGCUGGGUGAGCGCACUCUUGCUCCUCACGGUCAUUGGGGAAGUCUGGAACCUUUCUUGCCUAUCGACAUACAAGAUGUCGCAGAGUAAUCUGUGCCGAGCCGAACUGGCCGAGAAAAUCGUCUAUGCGAAGGUGUUGGCCGUCUACAAGAAGAAAGUCAUUACCCACAGCGAGUUCAUCCCAUCCGACUAUCCAGAACCGUAUUCGGCGGAGUUUGAACUGUUGUGUAACCCAUCUUCGCACCGGUGGCAGUUGGGGGCGACUGGGACCAGGUUUAACCUGACUGGACUGGGCGCCGCCUUAUGUAGUCCUUACUUCCUCGACGUCUUUGAAAAUAACACCUAUUAUAUCUUCGUCAGGAGGGAUAAAAAUGGCAACUUGGUGCCACAUGAAGUCAAUGAGGACGAUCCCAUUUUCCCCGACACCCCCAAAAACAAACAGCUGUUCUCUAGCAUCUUCCAGUUCUCCAACUGUAUCAACGGCACCAAUCAUCAGACCUACUCACCCGAGUUGGAACAGCAAGAGGAUAAUCAGCCCUUCUGCACAAGCGUGCAGAAGGCCCUUUAUGCAGAGGUAGACCGGGUGCGGAUGCUCAACGAGAAAGUGAAGUCUCUGGAGAAGACCAUCAACCAUCUGCGUGAGACGGUGAAGAGAACUAAACGCUCACUCAGGCAGGUGAAGAAAGAGAGCAAGCGGGAAGCCAUGCUCAUGAAACAGCAGCAGAACAAGUAAAGCGGAAAGUUGAACGCAAGCAGGACACUGGCAAAACGAUCCUGAAACCAGUCAAGAAACCAGUCAACACCAAUCUGUACGUUCCAGACUCACUGGUUGUAACGGCCUGUAAGUUAGAGUUGAAAUGCUUCCAUGCAUUCCACAUGGAAACUACAUCAACUUUAACAGCAAUCUAUUCUCAGUAACAUUGUAGUUGUGUGAACUAGAAAAAUAUAGUUGUGUAGCUUGGGUUUCACAUUUGCGUUAUAUUUCUCAGCCAAUUUAUCUCAGUUUAUUUCUGUUUAUAGCAAGAGUAAUUGAGUUUAGAUAGAAGCGAGUUGAAACAGGCAUGGGACCCAAUACAGAAAACUGGUGGAAACUUCCCUGCAGUGAUUGGCAAGUUGGCAAAACGUUGGCAAGAUACCACAAGGAAACAAUCUUGACAUGGAAAAUAGAACAAACUGCACCAGGGCAGGAAUUCAUGAUGUAUUGGGAGGAAACAUUUAUUAGUAAGAGCAGCAUUUACACAGUCCUGUCUACACUGACCAGUUGAACAUUUAUUGCAAAAAUAUUAUUUCAGAAGAUAGAAUCUCUCACAAAACAAACUAAUUGGUUUGUUAAAUGUGUUCUCUAGUUCCAGCAUUGAUGGACUCACUUCAUUGGAAGUUGAACCAAAUCUAUCAGUUUGGUUCAUUCUUUGGAAACAUUUUAAAUUCAUGGAUAAAAACAGACUAAUGAUAUUUAAAACACAGAAAUUGCAAACUGUGAUAGAGUAAUAGAGAUACAGCACGGAAACAUGCCCUUCAGCCCACCGAGUUCAUGCCGCCAUCAACCACCCAAUUACACUAAUCUGACAUUAAUCCCAUGUUUUAUUCUCAUUAAUUCCCCUGAAUCAAAAGUCAAAAAACUAAGACUAACAUUUUCUAAUGAUAAAACAAUCUGGAAGGCUCAUUAAGCAGGUAAAAACACCUCAGGCAUUUAAGCCUUUCAUUAAUACUGAGUCCAUUGCUAAUUACGCUGUAAUUUGGUGUAACUGCAUUGAAAGAUUUCACAGAAUGCUGGAGUAGCUCAGGGAGUCAGGCGGCAUCUCAGGAGAACAUGGAUAGGUAACGUUCCAGAACUGUAACACUGCCUGUCUGUGUCGCCUGAGAUGUUGCCUGACCCACUGAGUUACUCCAGCACUCUGUCAUUUUAGCAAACCAAAAUCUGCAGUUCAUUGUUUCUUCAUUUAAAGAUUGUUUUUUUUCCAAAUAUAAAUGAUUAAUUUGAGUCACCAUCACCAGCAAUCCAUUCAAUAAAGUUAGUGUUCACACAUCCAGGACCACUUUCCAUUAGGAGUUUGCAAUGCUUUAAAUCACAAUUUCUAUUGUUUAGCUGGAAUAGACUGUGCUUUUCUUCUGUGUGGGAUGGUUUGUGAAUGUUGCUUCAUGCCAUGAUUAACCAAUAAAUAUAUAAUUUCUGUAGAGAGAAGGUGUACCACUCAUUAAACCUAGUAACUUGUGAGAAUGUUAUAUUUCAUUUGUGUGAGCAUUUUGUUUGAUUUGUUGAAUUCUUAGUAAUGUUUUUUUGCGCGUAUUUUGCGCAGGUUUAGAAAUAUUACACAACAUGAUCUCUGUCGAAAUGUUCUAUUUAUUUUCUGGUAUUUUGCUUUCAAAAUUCCCUCUCUUCAGAUUCAUUAUUACAAAUUGAAUGGAGAAUAUUGGCAUUGGGGAGGUUCAAAACUGUGGUAUGGAUUUAGCCACAUCAAGAACAGUAAGAUUCUGAG